AUGCCCUCACCGCUAGUGGAAACACCUGAUGGUCAACACAGGCACGAUGUAGGCACAACAAGAGCCACGUUCACUGAUGUACCGCUAGAACUGGAUGGGGCCAAUGCCAGCAGGGAAGACUUGGGAGAGGUUCCCAGCAAAGAUGACUACGUCGAGGACGCAGCGAUGCAGUCCUCCAAGGGCCCUGCGAGGCCGACACUGACGCCAGGCAGAUCCUUAACGGUGCGACGACCCUCGUUCAUAGAUGAGGAAGAAGAUCCAGUUUCCAUCGGUACCGCUGGAACAAGUUCUACCCACGAGUCGAGAAAAGAAGCCCCAGUGACAUGGACGUCGUUACCUAAGAAGGGUCAAUUGGCCGUUCUGACCCUUGCUCGACUCGUCGAGCCAUUGACAGAACGAUCUCUGGCGGCAUACCUGUUCUACCAGCUUCGAUACUUCAAUCCUGAUCUUCCAGACAGCGUGAUUGCCAGUCAGGGCGGAAUGUUCACUGCGGCUUUUGCGGCGGCCCAGUUUCUUACUGCGGUCUGGUGGGGACGUGCUGCCGAUACGCCCUGGAUUGGUCGUAAAAGAGUCCUGCUAGUGGGCUUAUUUGGCACCUGCGUAAGUUGCAUUGGUGUCGGAUUCGCCAGGUCUUUUGCUCAGGCGCUGUUCUUCCGAGCCUGCGCCGGAUGUUUGAACGGAAACGUGGGUGUGAUGAGGACGAUGAUCAGCGAGAUCAUCAAAGAGAAGAAGUACCAGUCGAGAGCGUUUCUUCUCUUGCCCAUGUGUUUCAACAUUGGCGUGGUUGUUGGCCCUAUCCUGGGCGGUUUCCUCGCAGAUCCCAUCACUUCCUUUCCCGGGGUGUUCGGCCCAGGUUCUACAAUUGGAGGCAAGGAUGGUGUCAGAUGGAUGACAGCAUUUCCCUACGCUCUUCCAAACGUUAUCAGCGCCACCUUCAUCCUUUGUGCGGCCAUCUUACUGAUUCUGGGUCUCGACGAAACCCAUGCUGCACUUCGGGACAGACCAGACUGCGGUCGAAAGGUUGGCAAGUACAUUCAAAGAAUGCUCUUCCGCCGAGGCAAGCAAGGGGAGUAUGAAUACUCCGAGCUCGGAAAUCAACUUGAACUGCAGGACGCCGAUUCUCCACGGGAGCAAGAUCUCGAAUCUUCUGCAACGCCACAGACGACAACGACCAGCCAACCACCUGUGUGGCAGAAGUCGACACUCCGCUUCCGCCAGAUUUUCACCCGGAACGUGGUGCUGACACUGCUCAAUCACCACCUGUUAGCCAUGCAUGUGUCCGCCUUCAACGCGCUCGUUUUCCUCUUCCUCCCUGCGCCGCGGUCUUCCAACACCAACGCGCACUUACCUUUUCUGUUUACCGGAGGUCUCGGCCUAUCAUCUGAGAAAGUCGGUCUAGCGACUGCAAUCAUCGGCGUCAUCGGCUUCCCCUUGCAAAUCCUCCUCUACCCGACCGUGAAUAACAAACUCGGCACUUUACCGUCCUAUCGGUGGUUUCUCCCCUUUUCCGUCCUCGCAUACUUUCUCAUGCCGUACCUCGCUCUGCUACCGAAUCAGGCGUACAUCGUCUGGCCAUGCCUCACGAUUGUUUUGGCGUUGCAAGUCAUCGCCCGAACAUUCGCGUUGCCGGGAUCGACAAUUCUUAUCAACAAUUGUACGCCUCAUCCGUCUGUGUUGGGGACCAUCCAUGGGGUUGCGCAGAGUGUGUCUUCCGGAGCAAGGACAUUGGGACCGACGCUUGGGGGAUGGGGACUCGGACUCGGCCUUGGUGGGAACUUUGUAGGCGGUGUCUGGUGGAUCAUGGCGUGCAUCGCGGUAUGUAAUUGGGCAUUGCUGUGGGUUCUAUACGAGGGGGACGCGGGUGUCUCUGCGGCAGUGUAG